AUAUUAUGAAGCGAUAGUUGAAACCGGUUACAUUAUACAAUCUGAUUUCCUCAAUCCUCAAAGUAAAAUGAACUCGGCCUGGCCAUCAAGCCGGAACAAAUCGCUGAAAUGGAGGCUCAUGUUGACGACAUCGAUUUCGAAGCUGCUGCCAAAGAAGAAAAAGCGACCAGGCACGAUGUGAUGGCACAUGUCCAUGUCUUUGGGAAACAAUGCCCGCAAGCUGCACCUAUUAUUCAUCUCGGCGCGACCAGUUGCUACGUAGGCGAUAACACAGACCUUCUAAUUCUCCGCCAAGGAUUCGAUAUACUGCUUCCAAAAUUAGCCAGCGUGCUUCAGCGUCUUGCAAAGUUCGCUCUUGAAAACCGUAAUUUGCCCACUUUAGGCUUUACUCAUCUUCAACCCGCUCAGUUAACAACAGUCGGCAAAAGGGCGACUCUAUGGCUGCAGGACCUCAUAAUGGACGAAAGAGCGAUUCGUCGCGCGAGAAAUGAUCUUAAAUUCCGAGGUGUCAAAGGUACCACCGGUACCCAGGCAUCUUUCCUUCAACUUUUUAACGGCGAUGCUGAAAAAGUUAAACGAUUGGACGUUCUUGUUACCAAAAUGGCUGGUUUCGAAAAAUAUUACGGUGUUACCGGACAAACCUACAGUAGAAAAGUCGACAUAGAGUGCUUGAACGUCCUAAGUUCACUUGGGGCGACUGUUCACAAGAUUUGCUCAGACAUUCGUCUUCUCGCUAACAUGAAGGAAAUCGAAGAGCCCUUCGAGAGUACACAAAUAGGCUCCAGCGCGAUGCCGUACAAGCGCAACCCCAUGCGUUCUGAGAGAUGCUGUAGCGUAGCACGUCACUUGAUGACGUUGGUGAACAAUACUCUUCAGACUGCGGCGACUCAGUGGAUGGAACGAACAUUAGACGAUUCAGCGAAUCGUCGGCUUACUCUGGCUGAAGCCUUCCUGUCAGCUGAUACGAUCCUAAUGACUCUUCAAAAUAUCUCAGAGGGAUUAGUUGUUUACCCAAAGGUUAUUGCCAGACACGUUGCUCAAGAGCUGCCCUUCAUGUCCGCAGAAAACAUCAUAAUGGCCAUGGUGAAGGCCGGUGGCGAUAGACAGGUUUGUCACGAAAAAAUUCGCGUAUUGUCACACGAGGCCGGAGCACAAGUAAAGCAACAUGGCUUGGAUAAUGACCUAGUUGACAGGAUCAAGAAAGAUCCGUAUUUCGCACCGAUUUUACUUCAAUUGGAUGCUCUGUUAGAUCCUUCGACAUUCGUUGGCAGAGCACCCGAGCAAGUCGUCGAGUUUCUCGAAGAGGAGGUAUAUCCUGUGCUUAAGAAUUAUAAAGGCUUGGAAAGCAGUACUGUCGAGCUCGAUAUUUGAUCCUGAAAGAAAAGGCUUAAGGACGUUACCGAAAUCUUUUCAUGUCUUUUCCAAAGAAGUUUGUGUGUGAUGUUAGAUUGCUACUUAAAAUUACAAUGAUAAUUGGCUCUUUUAAACGGAACUCUUUGCGGAAUAAAAGGAUGUGCACAAUUAUUUGUUGUUAACGUUUCUUAUAUUUUAAUAAAGAUAUUACAGAAAAAUAAAUCGCACUGUUCGUAGCAAAUGCGCGCACGCGUUCUCCAUUGUCGCUUAUCGAACUGCUCCUUUUUCUUUUUUAUAAUUGUCUUUUUUUUGUUCUGUUUAUCGCUGACUUUAUGUCUUCUCUUCGACGUAACUGCUGUGAUAGCGGGCAAUUGUAACAUGUAUUAUAAUAAAAUUUAGAAAAAGAUAUAAAUACAGGUAUAUGGAAUGAUA